UUAAAUAAUUGAAAUUAAUUUGGUUUAUAAAAAUAGAGUCCUCAUAUAUCGCGAAUGCGCAUUUGAUCGUGAAGGACAGCUUCUCCCUUGUGUUCAAGAGAGAGAGAUCUAUCAUUCUUAUUUGGGGCCGAUCUCUCUAUUCUCCUCUCUUCAAUUCCUUUACUUGAAAAAUGGGGCUGUCUUUUACCAAGCUUUUCAGCCGGCUCUUUGCCAAGAAGGAGAUGCGUAUUCUCAUGGUGGGUCUUGACGCAGCUGGUAAGACGACAAUCCUUUACAAGCUCAAGCUGGGAGAAAUUGUCACCACCAUUCCUACCAUCGGUUUUAAUGUUGAGACUGUGGAAUACAAGAACAUCAGCUUCACCGUCUGGGAUGUGGGGGGCCAAGACAAGAUCCGACCAUUGUGGAGGCAUUAUUUCCAGAACACCCAAGGACUUAUUUUUGUGGUGGAUAGCAAUGACAGAGACCGUGUUGUUGAAGCUAGGGAUGAGCUGCACAGAAUGUUGAAUGAGGAUGAGCUGAGGGAUGCUGUGCUUUUGGUAUUUGCCAACAAGCAAGAUCUUCCUAAUGCCAUGAAUGCUGCUGAGAUCACCGACAAGCUUGGUCUUCACUCCCUCCGGCAACGUCACUGGUACAUCCAGAGCACAUGUGCCACAUCCGGUGAAGGGCUGUAUGAAGGACUUGACUGGCUCUCAAACAAUAUUGCCAACAAGGCGUAGAUGGGGAUUUCUUUCGAGCUGGGAUUGCUUCUGGAAAAUCAAAUUGAUGUGAUUUAUCCCUUGUUUACGGGCAUUUUUGUUGGAUUACCUGAUCUAUACGACGUUCCUAAUGGAUGAUUCCUAGGUUGGUGUUGGAUCUAUGAAUAAUGAAAGAAAUUUUGAAGUAUUUUGUCAUGUUAUCGACUCAAUAGCAUUGGUUUCUUUUCUUUUCUUUUCUUUUUUCUUUUUUUAAUUUUAAUGUAAUGAAUUAAAUGAUGUUCUUAAAAUAGGUGUAUUUGUACGAGAACCAUGUUUGUUAUUUGGAAUGGAUUGCUGAAAAGAAAUUACUUUGGAACUUUUUAUUGUAUUAUUCUCUUCA